AUGCCGCUCUGUCUCACCUUCAUCGACUUAAAGAAGGCCUUCGACUCAGUUGAGACGGACGCGGUCGUGGAAGCCUUGGACAACCAAGGCGUCCCUACUCAGUACAUAAAGGUACUUCUAGAGUUGCGCAGUAACUUCACGACCGGAAUUUCGCCAUUCUACAACAACAUCAUCAUUGACGUGAAGAGGGGGGUCCGACAGGGUGAUACAAUUUCACCCAAAAUAUUCACAGCCACCCUCGAGAACGCAAUGCGAAAGUUGGAAUGGGACGACAUGGGAGUGAAGAUUGAUGGUCGACAGCUACACCAUUUGCGCUUUGCUGAUGACCUCGUACUGAUAACACCUACCAUCAGCCAAGCGGAAUGA